AUGUCCCUGCCCCAUAAACUGGCCGUACGUAUUCCAUGUAGAAUAUAAAUGAAUCCAUAUUGACCCUCCUGUAGUCGUCGCCAGCCUUUCACUCUCUCGUCGGCGCACAUUCCUUCCUCCUUGGCCAGGCAGCAUGGCAUUACCGACCUUCCUUUCUACGAUCUCAACACCAGUCCCGAUCCUUGUCAGCAACACCUCUUCUACGCGACCAGCAACUUCGAAAUAAUUCCCAACCUCCCGAGCAAUCAAGUCCCCCAUCUCCGUCUUCGCCCAAGUCGUCUUCGACAGCAACCUCCGAUUCAUCCUCAGCUAGCUCCAAGCGGGAAGAGGAGACAGCUUCGUUGAAUGCGAAGAGGGACAUUCAGGCAGAGACUCAGGGAGCCGACAGCACAGCCAAGGAUAGUCCGAACCAAAGUCUACCUCCAGGCUGGGAAGAGAACGCCGAUUACAACGUCCAACGGUUCGCCGACCUGCCUCAUCGGUUCUUCGGUUACAAUCAACACAUCAAGAUCAAUGAGGACUUUAAAGAAUCAUUGCGACAAGUACUAUGGCAAUUCAGGGCACCCAUCAGGUAUGCUUUCGCUUAUGGAUCUGGCGUGUUCGGGCAGAAAUCGUCCUCUAGCAGUACGGGAAGCGAAUUCAGUCCACACCCGAACCCGCCAAAGGCUGUUGAGGAGUGGCAGAAAGGAGGCGCCAAGAUCAUCGACUUUAUAUUUGGAGUCAGUCAUACCCAACAUUGGCACAGCUUGAACCUGCAGCAAUAUCCUGAGCAUUACUCUGGCUUGAAGUAUGUUCCCAAUGCCUCUGCAGUGGUCUCUUGGAUGCAGGACGGCUGGGGAGCCGGAAUGUACUACAACCCGUACAUCACCGUCAAUGGCAUCAUGAUCAAAUACGGCGUUGUGAACCUGAAUACCUUGGCACGCGAUCUCACUGAUUGGGACACGCUUUACCUGGCGGGACGCCUGCAGAAGCCGGUCAAGAUUCUCCGUGACGACCCUCGGAUACGCCUUUCGAAUCAGAUCAAUCUCGUCUCUGCUUUGCGUACUGCGCUGCUCAUGUUGCCAGAGCAGUUCAACGAGCGACAGCUGUAUGAGCGCAUUGCUAGUCUCUCUUACUUGGGCGACCUCCGAAUGCAUUCCAUGAUUGCUUCUGAAGCGCCUAAUAAAGUUUCUAAUAUCGUUGGCGCGCAGUUGCCCGGCUUCCGACAACUAUACGUACCCUUAAUCGAGAAUCUACCAAACGUAAAGUUCACAGAUUCGCGGACGCCACGAGAGUACGGCUGGGAGAAGGAGGAUGCGAUCAGGCACACCGGCACCCUCACUAGGCUGGAGGACGACGUCCUUGGCGGCGAGACCGGACUAUCUCUUUCUCAAGAUAUGGAUCCUACUAAACGCGGUAAUAUGGUCCGCAGAUUACCAAAGGCCUUCCGCAAGAAGAUCUACUACGAAUACAAGCAGAAGUUCGGCAUUCCGGGAAGCGCCUUCGACAAUAUCCUCGAAGAAACAAAAGAUGACGACCCAGAAGGCUUCAAACGGCGUGAAGGAGGUGACUUCGAGAGGAAGAUCGCAGAGCAGGCGGAUCUUCCUGAGGUCAUGUCCAAGUGUGUGCGAGCAACGGUGUCGUGGCCCUCAACGAUGCAGACCAUCAAGGGCGUCUUUACAUCAGGCAUCACUAGGUCGAUUAAAUACGUCGGCGAGAAGCGAUCUAAGGGCAAGCAGAAAAAGGACGCUGGUUUUGAGCAGGCAAGACAAGUCGUGGAGAAAUCUGAACACGAGGCGAAAGCUGACGAAGCUCCUACGAAGAAGAUUGACUAA